GACGUGUUGGCGGUAACACGUCGUGACGCAUUUGGAGAAUUGUUGUCGUCAAUUAAUAUUGUUUUAACAAUUCCUGUAGCAACAGCUUCAAAUGAACGAAUGUUUUCUACCCUCAGCCGAGUUAAAAAUUAUUUAAGAAGUAGUUGUGGUGAUGAAAGACUAAGCGAUCUGUUAGUUCUUUCAUGUCUGACUGAAGACGCAAAAAACAUAAAUCUGUGGGAGGUGGUGACUGAAUUUGCAAAAAUGAAGCCUCGUAGA